CAGGGGACAGGUGGGUCCCUCCACGCCAGCGUCUUUUCUUGGGCUUCAGGGCCACCCAAUUGGAAACAAGAGGUCAAAAAAUGGCAAAAGGACCCUCACGGUUCCGUGGGCCUGAAUCCACCACAAAUGUUGGGCUUGGCCCAUAUCGUAGCCAUUUCCACUGCGAUCCGGUUCCUUCCUCGCCGCGAAGCCGCAAGGGGAGCAACGCCGACUUUCGCGAUGCAGAUCCUCCGCCGGAAGCUUCUGGAAGCUUCCCGCCGCCUCCCUCUUUUCUACGCCGCGCCCCGUGGCCGCGCUCAUGCGAUCGCCACGCUCGCUGCCGCCUCGCGGUGGGCCCCGCCCGCCGGCGCGGGCUCGCUUGCCGCCGCUCCGUGGGCCGCCACCCAGCGACGCGGCGCGAAGAUGCUCGGCUCCGACGUGAAACUUGGAAAUGUAAUACAAAGAAGAGGUCGCAUUUAUCAGGUAAUAAGAGCACAACAUUCACAUCAAGGAAGAGGAGGGGCCACAAUACAGGUGGAACUGAGGGAUGUUGACACUGGAAACAAAAUAACAGAAAGAUUUCGUACCGAUGAGGCCCUUGAGAGAGUUUUUGUUGAGGGGAAGUCAUUCACAUAUCUGUAUCAGGAAGGAGACACUGUGAUGCUUAUGGAGCCUGAAACAUUUGAGCAAAUUGAAGUUUCAAAGGAUCUGUUUGGCAAAGCUGCUGCGUACCUGAAAGAUGAAAUGAAGGUGAACCUACAAUACUUUGAUGGCCGGCCAAUGUCUGCUACGGUUCCUCCAAGAGUGACUUGCACUGUUGUUGAAGCACAACCGAAUACAAAAGGGCUUACUGCUCAACCUCAGUAUAAAAGGGUCGUGCUGGACAAUGGUCUUACAGUGCUUGCACCACCUUUUAUUGAAGCGGGCGAGAAGAUUGUAAUCAGUACAGUAGAUGAUUCAUAUAUGACGAGGGCCUAAGGGAUAUCUUUGAUAGCGUAUUGUUGUUCCAAAUGGGAAUUGAAUGCAAUUUCCCUACUAGGAUAAGUUUUCACUCGUGCAGCUACCAUGGCCGCCAGCAACCAAGAAUUUAGUUUGUAGCCACACAUUUUGUACUCACAGGUGUUCUUAUUUUGUUUCGUUUGGAACAUUUAUGCAACAGCUUCCUUUCAUGGAGAGCCAUGGGAAUUUUUGUGGGAACACACAACACAGGUAGAGAAGCUAUUUUGGUAGAUAUUUUGAAAUUAUUCAUGUUCCCUUGUAUGGCUUACUGUUCCGCGGAACAUUGGGAUUUGAUUGUCUGGAUUUCAUGCAAAUAAAUACGAAGUUUGACUAUU